CACUACAGCUGUCUACAGGGAGCAGAGAGCGCAGAGCAGCAGUUACACGAGUGCUUGUGGAGAUACACAGUAAAAGGAACACAGUCAUGAGGGUCAGCCUGAAAGCUCUGAUAACAUGUCUGCUAUGGGGCUGUGCAACAGCCAACACCACACCUGUGCAUUCAUCAUCUACCCUAGGAUCCAUGGCAACCGAUAGCGACAAAACACAUUUACCCAGUACAACUCCAUCUCUAACUCCUUCCACCACCGAUAACACUUCCACCCAGUCAGCCAGCACUGAGGACAAACAGACUCCUGACUCGACAACUCAGGACUUUAUCACCGCACAAAGCCCGUCCACCAACACAAGUACUACCACCAACAGUAUCACCACCGGCGCCUCCGUCAGCACCAUCCCCAGCACCACACAAAGCAAGUCCACCAACACAUGUACUACCACCAACAGUACAACCACCGUCAGCACCAUCCCCAGCUCCACACAAAGCCAGUCCACCAACACAAGUACUACCACCAACAGUACCACCACCGUCAGCACCAUCCCCAGCUCCACACAAAGCCAGUCCAGCACCAACACCACCCUCGGCACUACAAAAACCAUCAGCACCACCCUCAGUAUCACCAGUAGCUCCACUUCCAGCGCCAACACCGCCACAGAGGGACAGGACGGACACGAGUCCAAGGCUCUGAGCUCAGGAAGUGUUGCAGUCAUCAUUUGUGUGUUCAUCCUAACUGUCAUCCUAGUGUUAGGUGGGCUGUACUACUACAAGUUCCGAAGAACAUCUUAUGGACCUCUCCUGGACAGCAACGAACACGACACUUUAGGAAACUUCAACAACCCCAUGUAUGACCCUUAAAUCUUAACUUAUGAGCUCCCACUCCAGAAGCUGUCCCCUAAACCCAAAGGCCUCAGUCUGCAGAAACAGUAAUUCUGAUCAUAGUGUGUUUAUAGCGUGUGCAUAAUGACUUCAGGAUGAUCACAUUUUAUAACUGUGAUAAGCGGCCUGACAGCUUGAUUGCGCUUGAUCACAAAAUGCAAAACAAAUGUUUCUAUUGAUCUUAGUUCAAGUAGCCUCAGGAAAUAAAGUUUUCAGGUAGCUUUUCAAACCACUCUUAAACUGUGAAAUGAGAUUUCUGUCACAAAAAUAUAUAAAUGUUCAGAUUUUUAGGUAAUGUUAAUUUAGCCGUUGUUCAAAGCUUAGACACUCAUCAAGAAAUGACCUACUUUUAGGGAGGAAGUGGAAACUUGUUGAGGAUUAUAAUGACACAUAACGGUCUGAGUGGUUUUACAGUGAGUGGAGGCCUGGCAGAGUGAAAAUAAGAACAAGAGAAUAGAAAUACAAUUUAUGGAGACAGAAAAACAGGAAGGAAAAGAUGUAAAUAAAACAAUGGCAUCCUAGCACCUCUUUUUUACAAUUUCCUUUGAACCAAUAAUCAAUUUGGGCCAUUUUUGAAAGCGGAAAAAGAAGGACUAGGGCUUGUUUUCCCAUAUCUUUACAAAAGAUUUAAGAAAAUGUCAGGGUUUCAUUCAUUCCUUUUCAAAUGAGGUGUGUAAAGGUUUUUUCCAUUCCGUCACAUGCAACUCUUUCAAAUGAAUAUGAACUGUUUUCAUAUUGCAAUCUCUGCUGGUGCAGAGGCAGAGAGGGACUGGCCUUCAAAAGGAGAAUCUAUGAUUCAAUCUCUGCAUAUUCAUCCUGAAGUCUUGGGCAAAACACUGAAACUCUUCCUGCUCCAUCUGCGGAUCUGCUGCUGAGCCUGACCUUUGACCUCCCCAAGAAGCACAUUUCUUUACAGCAAUCAUAUCAGAAUGAAGCCGGAGUUCUUCAAAAAACAUCUGAGAAACUCUCAUUUACACUGACACUGUUUUUAUUAUUAUUGAAUGUUAAUAGUGUUUCUAACUUUUUGAAUGUUUUAGUGAGAUUUAGCUGUACUUACUGUACUACUGUACUACAGCUCAACAGGGCUGCAUUUCUGAUUGUAACUCUUUCAGUAUUUGAUAUAGUAUUGUUUAUUUGUAUACAGGUGAAGAAUAAUGUGACAGUUGUGGUACUUUUGACACAAUUUUAUUGUGGGAUAUGAUUUUCUUAAAUUGUUGGAGCAAUUAAAGUGAU